UAACAGUUGUGUUAAAGAGAUUGUAGGAGAUAAAGUCCAAAACAUUGGGAGAGCACCAAAUAUAAUCUAUUCCUUCCCUAAUCCUUUCUCAGUUUCUUCCCUGAACCUCUUUCCCUGUCCCUGUUUUAUCCAUUACGCAUAUCUUGCGGGUGUUUGGGCAGGGGUAAUUUUUAUUCCGAAUGAUGGAAAGUCGGCUGGGGCUUAAAUCCUAUUUAACUAUUUAGGGAAGAUUGUUAUCUAUCCACCCAUCCAGGUAUCAAAAUACCACUUCUACUUCAAGGCUGAGAAGGCAAAUGAAUUAUAAAUACAGCCUGGGAAAAGAACACUUGCUUUAUCUGCCCAUGUUCCUUUGUUCCUCAACAUCCCACCUGACCCAGAGCCUCACAUGCGAACAAUAGCACUGGAGCAAGCGAGGUCGCCAAACUUCUGGGUCAGGACAGAGAUGUUCUUCCUAAGACUAAAUUUUAGCCUGCUGAGUUAGGGAAUGGCUUUUCGGAGAAGAGGUCCUUUAGCAAGGCCCACUGUCAAAUUCUUGCAAUGAAAUGAACAUGCCUGGGUAGGGCUGUGAGGCGACUGAAAAAAAUCCGGGUUCCCCCCCCCCCCGCCUCAGAGAUGCUUUCCCAACCGUCUCCAUCUCUAGAAAGGGGAGACGUCCGGAGGCUGUUUCUUAGGGCACUUUUCGCAUUUCCCGGGGACUCGGCCCCUCUUCCACGUGGUUGAGGUCGGCCGAGAGCCGAGUGGCGCAGCGGUUACGCAUCAGCCCCCUCGGUUUUCGUCCGACGCCGGCGCGCCUCCGAGGCCCCACGCAAGCCCCGCAUCCACCCCGCUUCGCGCUCCCGCUCUCUCCUCCCGAAAAUGUUUUAUUUAACAUGCUGUACCGGAAGGAGAAGCCAUCUUCCCUCUCCUCAGCCCUGAGCCGCCGCCGCCGCCGCCACCGCUGCCAUUCGGGCUGUCGUGCGCCCCAGCCCCCGGAUCUCGGGGGCGGUGGGAGGAGAGGCGUGGGGAAUCGGCUGGCAACCCCGGACGGCUGGGGGCGCCCUGGGACCGAACCCAAGCGCCCGCUGGGGCCGGCUACAUAAAAGGAGCCGAGGAGGGGAAGAGGGCUCCGCACCUCAAGACGCUGCCGGAGCCUCCCUUUCCCUUGCGCACGCACGCACAGACGGACGGACGGCCCCGAUCCCGGCAGGCGAGGGGUGGAAGCGGCCGCCUUGCCGGCGCAGAGGGGAAGGCCAAGCAGCUCGAGCCGCGCAGGGAUGCGGUUCCUUCAGCCCGGCGGCGCGGCUGCAGUUGAGGCUGCAGCAGGGAACGGAGCUACCGGUAGCGCUGCAGACAAAAGAACCGCCUGCGCCUGCUGCUGCCCAGCCAGCUCCCGGGGGGAGGAGGAGGAGGAGGAGAAGAAGAAGAGAGGGCCCUGUCGCUGGGGCUGCGGGUCCUAAAGCGGAGGAGCCGCCUCCCCGCCGCUCUGGCGGCCCGGCAGUAAAGGGAAGCUCGCGAAGAAGAGGCGCAGCCCGCCGUUGCAGCGCGUCUGCUGAAUCCUCAGCCUCCUCCUCCUCCUCCUCCUCUUCCCCCUCCUCCUGCUUGCCUGCCUGCCUCCCUCCCUCCCUCCCUCCCCGGAUCCUCCGCGUAGCCGAUUGCAGGCCCUGACGGCCGGAAAGCUCUCCCUCGGCUCGCCUCGCUUUACAAUGGCCCGAGGAAAUCCGGACGCCGGCCUCCCGCGGAGGCUCCUGGAGGGACUUUUGCAGCGCGCCGAAUCCUAGCGGAGAGCAAACCUUCCCCCUUUCUUCCCCACCCCGGCUUCGGAAAGAGGGAGAGCGCGGCUUCUGUCCCAGUCCUCCCGUAACACCUGGACCUCGCGCCGGGACGACUGCCCAACUCCACCCCACCCCAUCCCUCACCCCUUCCCCGACCCGAUCGCCCAUCCCGGCGGGACCCGGAGUUGUAGAAUUCCGACCUCUCGGUUAACCCUUCGCCGUGCGAGGCCGAAGCCCUUGCUCUCCGUCAUAGCGGGCUGCAACCUCCCCCCUCCCCAUUUCCUCCUGCCCUUCAUCCAUUUCUGCCCCCCUCCCUCCCUCCCUCCCCGACACCUGUAAACGCGCAGCUUGCCUUUCCCAUUCGCGGCGAGAUGUGGGCUGCGAGUCUCGCUCCUGCUGUCCCCCCGUCUUCCACCUGCCGGGCGCUUUCCCGAUCUUCUCCGUCACCCGAUGCUAGGCAGGAGGGGCGCAGCUAGACGGCGGCGUCCCGCACCCCACCUCUCUCCGUGGCUCUCUUCCCCCCCACCCCCACAUCCCCAUCCCGAAAGGUACACGCUGCUGCCGCCGUCGGGGAAAAAAAAAAGGUAAAUGAUGUUCAAGUACAGGAUCCGCAUGUUUUUCAACGAGCUGAAGCUGCUGGUGUUGAUGCGGCGGGGCCGCCCGGAGCCCGAGCCUGGAGCUGGGGGAAGCCGGGGUGCGCUGGGCGGCAGUGGCUGCGGAUGGCCGCCCUUCGCCGAUUGCUCGGUCCAGCAGGACGAUGAAGCGGAGUAUUACGGCGGGGGAGGCGCCGAGACCCGGCCCCGGAGCCUGGCUUUGGAGGAGAAGGACCCUCGCCUUCAGCCGCCGGGACACCAGCCGGGGCAUCAACCCACCGCGGGUGGGGCCGGAGGAGCUUUGGACUCAGUAUCGCUCAGCAGCAGCUUGGAUAGUGGGAUGAGGACCCCGCAGUGCCGGAUUUGCUUCCAGGGACCAGAGCAGGGGGAGCUGCUCAGCCCCUGUCGCUGCGAUGGUUCCGUCCGCUGCACCCACCAGCCUUGCUUGAUUCGCUGGAUCAGUGAGAGGGGCUCCUGGAGCUGUGAGCUCUGCUACUUCAAGUACCAGGUCUUAGCCAUUAGCACAAAGAAUCCGUUGCAGUGGCAGGCAAUUUCCCUGACGGUGAUUGAGAAGGUGCAAAUUGCAGCCAUCAUCCUGGGUUCCCUCUUCCUCAUUGCCAGCAUCUCCUGGCUGAUUUGGUCGUCACUCAGUCCCUCGGCCAAGUGGCAGCGGCAGGACCUGCUCUUCCAGAUCUGCUAUGGGAUGUAUGGUUUUAUGGAUAUCGUCUGCAUAGGCCUGAUCACUCACGAAGGCUCCUCGGUGUAUCGAAUAUUCAAGCGCUGGCAGGCAGUGAACCAGCAGUGGAAGGUGCUGAAUUACGACAAAGCCAAGGACCUGGGGGAACCCCUCGGCGGGAGCACAAAGACAGGGGGGCGGAAUUCACGGACGAAUCCCUCCUCAGGGAGUGAGAGGACCUCCCAGCGGGGCCAGCGGGUUAGGACUAUUUUGAACCAUCACUGUGGUUAUACAAUUCUGCACAUUCUCAGCCACCUGCGGCCUAAUGAACAUCGCGGGGGCUCCGGUUCCGGCCGCGAAGUGGUCAUGAGGGUGACGACCGUAUAAUAACCGCUUAGGGAGCUUUUGUCAAGAGGGAGAGGCUCUGCAGAUCCGAUGGAAGGAAGACACCGAUGCCCUUGCUUCCACACAAAGGCUCCGUUUUGAGCCCCUACGGGGUUGGCCACACAUUGAAUACUGUCUGAUGAAGAAGGCACCCGGCUCUGUGGCGUUGCCGCAGACCCCACCCAAGCCUUCCUUGUAAGGGAGGAGCGCCUCAAUGUGGUUUCCUCUUCCUGAUCUCCCAUCAAUGUGAAUUCUUUUCCUUUCCAUCCAGGCCUGUGAUGAAAGGAGAGACAACCCAGCCCUCCCCCACCCUAGCCCAGCCCUCCUGAUGCCACCUCCCUGGCUUCUCUUGUUAUGAUUAAACUCUUUGGAAGUUGGGUGGGCUUUUAUUUUAUUUUAUUUUAUUUAUUUAUUUAUUUUAAAAAUGGCCCCUUGCUGGGUCCCUUUCUGGACAAGUCUUGGCGCCAACCCAUCCAGAAAUUUGGAAACAUUUUUACCUCAUCUUUCAAAGGAAAACCUGCCAGAAGAACCACGCCUUGCCACCCUCAUCCUGUUGCUCUCUUUCUCUCUGACCAGGAGAUGCCAACCAGAGAGGCUCUGAACUUUAUGACCAUCCCCUCCCGAAAAAAAAAAAUUUGAAAAAUGGUGCAAUAAACAUGUUUCUUAAAGCAAAAUGGCAUCUUGCAAUAAGGUUGCUGCACG